UGAGACUCAGCUUACUCAUUGACUGAGGGCUUCAAGAUAUUGCUCGUCGUUCGCCAAAGGCCCAUCAUCAAGAAAUCUCACCACCAUGUCUCUCGUACUUCCUGAGGCGCAUCAACAAUUCCAGCACAUUCUCCGUCUCCUUAACACUAAUGUUGACGGUAAACGCAAAAUCAUGUACGCCUUGACCGAGAUCAAGGGUGUCGGUCGUCGUUACUCCAACCUUGUCUGCAAAAAGGCCGAUGUUGACCUUAACAAGCGGGCUGGAGACCUGAACUCCGAUGAACUGGAACGUAUCGUCACCAUCAUCCAAAACCCCACACAGUUCAAAAUCCCCACAUGGUUCCUUAACAGACAGAAGGAUAUCGUUGACGGCAAAAACUCUCAAAUAUUGUCCAACGGUGUUGACUCUAAACUCCGUGACGAUCUCGAGCGAUUGAAGAAGAUUCGUGCUCACCGUGGUCUGAGACAUUUCUGGGGUCUCCGUGUCAGGGGUCAACACACAAAAACGACAGGUCGUCGGGGAAAGACUGUUGGUGUGUCGAAGAAGCGUGGUUAGGUGUUCUUAUUUUAUUUGUUGCAUUGGAGACGUAUUUCCUGUAUGGUGCUUUCACAUCUAUGACUAUAGCAACAUGCACGCCAUGCCCAUGACAUUUGCAAUACGACGAAUGAUCAGCGAUCAUCAUCCGCAUUGAACUGAAGGCUGUAACUACUGCAUUUAUUUCUCCUUGAUCUAUGUUCCGGUGCAUUG